AUGGCGGAGAAGGAAUAUAAAAGCGCGGAUGAUGGUCGAUUUUUGUAUGCAGUUAUUACGACGUUAGCAGUAUAUAUGAUUAUCGGUUCUUUCGCUCAAUUUCUAUGUACCAUCAUUGGAUUUGCUUAUCCAGCAUAUGCUUCGGUAAAGGCGAUACGAACAUCGAAUAAAGAUGAAGAAAUUCGCUGGUUGAUUUAUUGGACGAAUUUCGCAGUUUUUUCAUUAACAGAUUUUUUUUCCGAAAUUAUAGUGGCUUAUUUUCCUGGUUAUUGGCUUCUAAAGAUAAGUUUUUUUCUAUAUGCCUUUUUUUUACUAUAUCUUUAUCUUCCACAAACUAAUGGUGCUUUCAUUAUUUACAAUAAGUAUGUUGAUCCAUCAGUGGCAAAAAUUGACGAAAUUGUCUCGUCUUAUACUACGCAUAUCUGUUCCACCUGA